GGCCAUUGGCCGGCGGCCGCGGGGGCGGGGCGCGGCGCGGCGCGAUGGCGGCGCUGAGGAGCGUGAAGGGCCUGGUGGGGCUGGUGACAGGCGGUGCCUCAGGACUGGGCCGUGCCACGGCAGAGCGGCUGGUGCAGCAGGGCGGCCGUGUGGUGCUCCUUGACCUGCCCACGUCCGAGGGGCCUGGGCUGGCCCGUGAGCUGGGCGAGCACUGUGCCUUCGCUCCUGCUGACGUGACAUCCCCGGAGGACGUGGCAGCAGCCCUGGCAUUGGCCCAGAAACAGUUUGGGCGGCUGGACCUGGUGGUGAACUGUGCUGGAAUUGGCAUUGCCGUCAAGACCUACAACAGCAAGCGGGACAAGGUGCAUGAGCUGGAGGACUUCCAACGCGUGGUCAACGUGAACCUCGUGGGCACGUUCAAUGUGAUCCGCCUCAGUGCCAGGCUGAUGAGCCACAACACACCUGAUGCCGACGGGCACCGGGGGCUGGUGGUGAACACAGCCAGUGUAGCCGCCUUUGAGGGUCAGGUGGGGCAAGCAGCCUAUGCAGCCUCCAAGGGCGGCAUUGUGGGCAUGACGCUGCCCAUCGCCAGGGACCUGGCACCGCUGGGCAUCCGUGUGGUCACCAUCGCACCAGGACUGUUCUCCACCCCACUGUUGGCGGGGCUGCCCGAACGGGUGCGGAACUUCCUGGGCCAGCAGGUGCCUUUCCCAUCCCGGCUGGGCCACCCCAGCGAGUUCGCCCACCUGGUCCUGGCCCUGGCUGAGAACCCCAUGGUCAACGGGGAAGUGGUGCGGCUGGACGGGGCCCUGCGCAUGCAGCCCUGAGACCCGUGGGGACGUCAACGCCAACGUGGGGACACCAUGGGACUGCCACCACCAUGGGGACCACCACUACCAUGGGGGCACCAUGGGAUUGCCAUCACCAUGGGGACCACCACCACGAUAAGGACACCACGGGACCACCAGCGCCUUGGGGAUGUCGCUGUGCUGGGGCCGCUGCCCCCCCCUCCAGGCUGUGCUUGCCCCCCGUUAAUAAAUGUAACUCAUCCACCUGC